AAACAACCCCACUUGCCUUCAGUCUGAUUUAGCUGACUCAAGCCACCACAUCUAGUAACCAAGUCUGCCAGCUCCGAGCUUCUAAUCCAUUCUUUAGCUAUCUACAUGUAGAUAUUUUCAUCCCGUCUGUAUGUAGUCGGAGCUUGUGUCCAACAGGUCUCCCAACUAAAUUUAUUUUCCCUUACAAGGGAUCGAAUCCUAUUGUUGGACAACUGUUGCGAAGGAAUUUUUUUUUUUUUUUAAUUUUCGUUAACACAGGAGAGAUGUACCGAGGACUUACUUUAUUCACAGAUUGUCUGUCUUGGAUUGGAUUUACGAAACCCAGUUAAACCGUGUCGGAUUUCGGACUAUUAUACGAUCUUAUUUUAUCACCGAAACAUUCGGCUAUUUCUUUCAUAUUGGGACUUCGGAAAAAAUACCUAAAACCACUCACAAAAUAUAAAACAUUAAUUUUAUCUCAUACGGGAAAGGAGUUGAUAAAGUGUCAUGACGGAGGUAGCGCAGAUCCACACGGGGGUCCAUUGGGAACCUGGGCAGGCCCCCCAAAUGGUGGAAGAAGGUUUCGAUAGCGGAAGUAAUUCUUCCAAGCUGUUUGAGCGAUCGAGGAUCAAAGCUCUAGCAGAUGAGAGAGAGGCAGUGCAAAAAAAGACCUUUACAAAAUGGGUUAAUUCACACCUUGCCCGGGUUGGCUGUCGCAUAAGUGACUUGUAUUUGGAUUUACGAGAUGGGAAGAUGUUGAUAAAAUUGCUAGAAGUCCUAUCUGGUGAGCGCCUGCCUCGGCCAACAAAAGGGAAAAUGAGGAUUCAUUGCCUGGAAAAUGUAGAUAAAGCAUUGACAUUCCUGCAUGAACAAAAAGUCCAUCUUGAAAACAUGGGUGCUCAUGACAUAGUUGAUGGCAGUGCUAGACUUACUCUUGGUCUUAUAUGGACCAUUAUUCUUCGCUUCCAGAUCCAAGAUAUCAUUGAAGAGACAGAAAAUAGUGAAACCAAAUCUGCUAAAGACGCACUCUUGCUUUGGUGCCAGAUGAAAACUGCUGGCUACCCUAAUGUCAAUGUCAGAAAUUUCACUACCAGCUGGAGAGAUGGUUUAGCAUUUAAUGCUAUCAUUCACAAACACAGAUCUGACCUUAUUCAAUAUGACAGACUUCAGAAAUCUAAUGCCAUGCAUAAUCUCAACAAUGCGUUUACUGUUGCUGAAGAAAAGCUUGGUAUCACUAAGCUUUUGGAUCCUGAAGAUGUCAAUGUUGAGAUUCCUGAUGAGAAGUCCAUCAUUACAUAUGUUGUCACCUACUAUCAUUACUUCUCGAAAAUGAAGGCUGAAUCUGUUCAAGGCAAGAGAAUUGGCAGAGUCAUUGACAAUGCCAUUGAUACAGAAAAAAUGAUUGAAGAAUAUGAAACACUAACAUCUGACCUCUUGGAAUGGAUUGAACAGACAAUAGUUAUUUUGAAUGACAGAAAAUUCGCCAACUCUUUAACUGGCGUGCAGGAGCAAUUGACAGGCUUUAACACCUACAGAACUGUCGAAAAACCACCAAAAUUUGUGGAGAAAGGAAACCUUGAGGUCCUUCUAUUCACACUCCAAAGUAAGAUGAGGGCUAACAACCAAAGACCCUAUCUACCCAGAGAAGGAAAACUGAUAUCUGACAUCAACAAAGCUUGGGACAAACUUGAGAAAGCUGAACAUGAAAGAGAACUGGCUCUGCGUGAAGAACUGAUCCGACAAGAAAAACUCGAGCAGUUGGCUGCCCGAUUCAAUCGUAAGGCUGGCAUGCGAGAAGUUUGGCUCAGUGAGAACCAACGGUUGGUAUCUCAGGACAAUUUCGGCCAUGACCUUGCUGCUGUUGAGGCUGCUACCAAGAAACAUGAAGCAAUUGAGACUGACAUUAACGCAUAUGAAGAACGCGUCCAAGCAGUUAUUGCUGUGUCAAAUGAAUUGCAACAAGAAAAUUACCAUGACAUCAAUAGAAUUGCAGCAAGAAAAGACAAUGUUCUGAGUUUGUGGAACUAUCUUUUGGAAUUACUACGAGCGCGUCGUAUGAGACUUGAACUUUCUCUGAACUUACAAAAGAUCUUCCAAGAGAUGCUUUACAUUCUUGAUUGGAUGGAAGAAAUUAAGGCCCGACUUAUGUCUUCAGACUAUGGUAAACAUCUGAUGGGAGUCGAAGACUUGUUGCAAAAGCACAGUUUGUUGGAGGCUGACAUUAAUGUAGUCGGAGACAGAGUCAAGACUGUAAAUUCCCAGGCUCAAAGAUUUGCUGAAGGUGACUUCGUAGAUGUUGGAGCGGAGUACAGGCCCUGCAAACCAGAAGUUAUUGUGGAAAGAAUGUCAACACUUGAGACAGCUUUCACUGAACUUAAACAACUGUCAGCUGAACGCAGGGCUCGCCUUGAAGAGUCACGUAAAUUAUGGCAGUUCUACUGGGAUAUGGCAGACGAGGAAGGCUGGGUGAAAGAGAAAGAGCAGUUGAUGUCUUCUCCUGAUCUGGGACAUGAUUUAACUAGUGUACAUCUCCUACUGAAUAAACAUAAAGCACUGGAAGAUGAAAUGACAGCCAGACACUCACACUUGCAGUCAGUCAUCCAAGUUGGCAAUGAUCUCAUUUCUGCCGGAAAUUUCGGUGCAGACAAGAUCCAAGAACGCAUAGAUGAGAUUAACCAGCAGUGGGAGAGUUUGAUUGACCUGGCAGCAUAUCGCAAACGCAGACUCAAUGAGGCUGUUGAUUACUAUCAGUUCUUUGCUGACGCUGAUGACAUUGAUAUCUGGAUGUUGGAUACUUUCCGUAUCGUGUCCAGUGAAGAUGUCGGACGUGAUGAGGCCAGUGUACAAUCUCUGCUUAAGAAACACAAGGAUGUUACAGAUGAGCUCAAAAACUACCAGAGUGUCAUUGAAAGUCUCCAUGAACAAGCAACUAACCUUGGAGAACAAGACCGAGAGUCUGAUGACGUACAGAGUCGAUUAGGUAGCAUUGAUCGCCGUUACCAAGAACUAUUGGAGCUUGCCAAACUUCGCAAGCAGCGGUUGCUUGAUGCCCUCUCUCUCUAUAAACUUUUCAAUGAAGCAGAUGGUGUGCAGACUUGGAUUGAUGAGAAGGAGAAAUUCCUUGCAACAAUUGUUAUUACGGAUGAUAUUGAAGAACUUGCUAUUGUCAAACAUCGCUUUGAAAGUUUCGAACAUGAAAUGAACUCUACGGCAUCCAAGGUUGCAGUGGUGAACCAGCUGGCUCGGCAGUUGCUCCAAGUUGAACAUCCUAAUGCUGCUGAUGUCAUUGCUCGACAAAAUCAGCUGAACCAAGAAUGGAACACCUUGAGGUCGCUGGUUGACCAGAAGAGGGAGGAAAUACAUUUAGCUCAUGGGUUGCAGAACUUCCACAUUGAAUGCAAUGAGACUAUUGGCUGGAUAAAUGAAAAGGUGAAAAUUAUCGAAUCAACUGAAGAACUUGGCAAUGAUUUAGCUGGUGUUAUGACACUACAGAGACGGCUCAGUGGUAUGGAACGAGACCUUGCUGCCAUACAAGCCAAGGUUGAAUCGUUGCAAGUGGAAGCAGACAGACUACAAGAAACCAAACCUGAAGAAGCCCAGGCUAUUCGUGAAAAGAUCAAUGACAUCAGCAAUGUAUGGAUGGAUCUCAAAGAAAUGCUCAAAGACAGGGAUGAAAAACUUGGUGAAGCCGGAGAAUUGCAACGCUUCCUUGGUAACCUCGACCAUUUCCAGCAAUGGUUAUCUCGUACUCAGACAACUGUGGCAUCAGAAGACAUUCCCAACAAUCUGGCUGAUGCUGAGAAAUUAUUAAAUCAACACCAACAGCUUAAAGAUGAAAUUGAUGCUUAUGCCCCAGAAUAUGCUAAGAUGAAAGAGUUUGGUGAUAAAGUUACUGAGGGCCAGGAUGAUCCACAGUAUAUGUUUCUGCGACAGCGUCUUCAAGCACUUGAUGGCGGCUGGCAGGAAUUGUUACAGAUGUGGGAGAAUAGACAGCAGCUUCUUUCUCAGAGUCUCAACUUGCAAAUGUUCCUCAGGGAUGCUAAACAAGGUGAGGUACUACUCAACCAACAAGAGAACUUCUUAUCAAAAGAAGAAGUACCUAGUGCCAUUGGACUUGACAAGCAGAACUCAUUGGAAGCUGCUGAAAAUAUCAUUAAAAAACAUGAAGCGUUUAUCACCACAAUGGAUGCAAAUGAUGAGAAAAUUAACAACGUUUUGCAAUUUGGACACAGACUUAUCGAAGACAACAACCAUGCUGCUGACAAAAUCAGCAAGAAAGCAGAAAACAUCAACGAAAGGCGUAAUGCAAACAGGCAACGUGCAUAUGAACAACUGGAACGCCUUAAAGACCAGAGAAUGCUACAACAGUUCUUCCAAGACUGUGAAGAAUUACGAGACUGGCUUCAAGAUAAAAUGUCAGCUGCUCAAGAUGAGACUUAUCGUGAUGCUAAAAACCUGCACAGCAAAUAUAUGCGACAUCAAGCUUUUGAAUCUGAAAUUGCAGCUAAUAAAGAUCGACUUUUGAAACUUCGUGAGGCUGGUGAAGGUUUGUUGAAAGAUAAACCAGAAGCUGCUGAGCAGGUUGGUCCCGUUCUUGAGAGUCUCAGCAAUCAAUGGGAAGAGCUCGAAAACACCACCAAGGAUAAGGGUGAGCGGUUGUUUGAUGCUAAUCGCUCAGUCCUCUACGAACAGAGCUGUGAUGACAUUGAUGGUUGGAUUCAACAGCUGGAAUCCCAAGUUGUUACUGAAGAAUUUGGUAGAGAUUUAACCACUGUGAACAUUCAAAUGCAGAGGCAAAAUCAAUUGGAAGGCCAGAUGAAAUGUAAAGAGAACCAAGUGUUAGAACUUGAUAAACAAGCUAAUUACCUGAAAACUAUGGAUCCUAAUAAGGAGGCUGAAAUCGAAGCUCGCAAAGUGGCGGUUGCUGAGCGGUUCAUGAAAAUUCAGGCACCUUUGUUAGUAAGACGAUCUCAACUUGAGAGAGUCAAACGAAUUCAUCAGUUUCAGCGUGAUAUUGAAGAUGAAAAAAUGUGGGUUGAAGAAAAGAUGCCCCUGGCAACCUCUGGCAACUAUGGCAACAGCCUUCUUAGUGUUCAGUUACUAAUGAAGAAAACACAUUCAUUGCAAACAGAAAUUGAAAACCACGAACCCCGUAUUGAUUCUGUUAUUGCUGUUGGCCAAGAAUUGGUUAAUGAACAACAUCCACAAGCUGAUGAAUUCCAACAACACAUUGAUGACCUUAGCAGUAAGUGGAAAACUCUAAAGGAUGCUGUGGAUGCAAGGAAAGCUCGCCUACAGCUCUCAGAUAUUGCCCAACAGUACUAUCAAGAUACUUCUGAGGCAGAAUCUUGGAUGAGUGAACAAGAACUUUACAUGAUGGGUGAGGAACGGGCCAAAGAUGAAAUUGGUGCACAAAAUAUGCUUAAGAAACACCAGAAUCUCGAAUCCGCUGUUGAGGACUAUGCAGAUGUUGUCCGCCAGUUGGGUGAGAGAAGCAGAAAUUUGAUUGAACAGGAACAUCCAGAAAGACUUGGUCAAGAAUAUGAGCAUGUAACUACUCUAAAAGAAAGAUUUAAAGAAUUUGCUAGAGACACUGAAAACUUUGGACAAGAUCGUGUGGCCUCAGCAAAUGAAAUCUGUGAUAGUUUGAUUGUAGCUGAGCACUCUGAUGCUCCAAUUAUUGCUCAAUGGAAAGAUAAUUUGAACGAAGCCUGGACUGAUUUGCUAGAGUUAAUAGACACCCGCACACAGAUGUUGCAAGCUUCAUGGGAAUUAUGGAAGUUUAACCACGAUUGCAAAGAAACUCUGGAAAGAAUCCAAGAAAAGAAGAACUACAUACCUGAAGAAGUUGGAAGAGAUGCUCAAAGUGUUGCUGUUCUUCAAAGAAAGAAUGCUAACUUUGAACACGAUUUAGUUACUCUUGGAAAUCAAGUUCAUUUAAUUCAAGAGGAAUCAGCUUGCCUUCAAAUUGGAUAUGCCGGAGAGAAGGCACGAGAGAUUCAGAAUUGGGAAUCUGAUGUGGUUAACGCCUGGCGUAACUUGCAAUUAAUGGUUGAGAGCCGACGAAUGAGACUUGCUGAUGCCAGUGACCUUUAUAGAUUCUUUAAUAUGGUCAGAGACCUUAUGUUAUGGAUUGAUGACAUCAGGCGGCAAAUGAGCACUCAAGAAAAACCAAGAGAUGUGUCGGGUGUAGAGUUGUUAAUGAACAACCAUCAAAGUUUGAAGGCUGAAAUCGAUGCUCGAGAAGAAAACUUUGCCAUUUGUAUAAAUUUAGGAAGAGAUCUUAUAACUCGCAAACAUUACCGAUCCAGUGAAGUGAGAGAAAAAUUAAUACAGUUAACAUCUCAAAGGCAUUCCAUGAAUGAGCAAUGGGAUGAGAGAUGGGAAUACCUGCAGCUCAUUUUGGAAGUAUAUCAGUUUGCUCGUGACGCUGCUGUUGCUGAAUCUUGGCUUAUUGCUCAAGAGCCAUACCUUCAAAACCAAGAUCUUGGUGACACACUUGAUGCAGUUGAAAAUCUUAUUAAGAAACACGAGGCCUUUGAAAAAUCUGCAGCAACUCAAGAAGAACGAUUUGCUGCCCUCGAAAAACUUACAACAUUUGAACUUAAAGAAAUUCAAAGAAGGCAAGAGGAAGAAUAUCGACAACAACAUCCUGAAGAAGUAGAAAAAUCUAAAGAAGAGAAGAGACGAAAAUAUAUUGCAGAAUUUGUACCUCCAGAAGAGCCACCCGAGCCAGAACCAGAAGAAGUUGUAUCAACUGAACCAGAAGAUGGUGAAGCAACAUCAGACGAUCAAGGACCAGCUGCUAUGACCAAUGGCGAGAAAGAAGUAACUGAUGAAUCAGGUCAAACUGUGACCCACACAACACUACCAGCUAAAGAUACAUUGAGACCAGUACCAAAAGGCGCUGUAUUAAACGAAUCGUCAUCAUACCAAGCUACAGAUGAUACUACAGUCCACUCAAAGUCCAGGUCACUCCCUCAAAGGGCCGACUCUGAGAAUAAUAAGGAGAAGAAACGAUCACGUUCCAAAUCACCAUUUGGAAGAUUCUUUGCUCGUAAACGUGAAGAUGAAGGUCCGUCAUCACCUAGUCGUUCAGAACAUCAAUUAGCUGGGGCUCCAGAAGCAGAACAUCUUGAAGGAGCAUUAAUCAGAAAACAUGAGUGGGAAACACAAACCAAAAAAGCUUCCAACCGAUCUUGGGAGAAAGCUUACAUUAUACUUCAAGCAAAUGAACUUUCCUGCUAUAAAGACUUCAAACAUGCAAAGACUGAUCCUAAUACACGCCUUCAUCAUGAAACUGCCAUCAAUUUGAGUGGAGCUACCUGUGAUCGAGCUCACGAUUACACCAAACGUCCUCAUGUGUUCCGUCUAAAAUUGGCCGGUGGUGCUGAAUACCUAUUCCAAUGUAAAGAUGAUGCUGAAAUGGAAAAUUGGAUCACGAAAGUAAGUGCAGCAACUGGAGAAGCCAGCAGUAGCGGACCCACUAGAUCACAAACACUCCCUGCAAAACCAGAAGGUGAACCAAAACGAGAUGAACACAAGCGAAGGAGUUUUUUCACAUUGAAAAAGAAAUAAAUAUCCACAAAAAGAUAAUUCAUUGCAGUCCUAUCACACAUGCUUUGGGUGGAAUAUCUUAAGAGGCUACGCUGUUGCUGCUUUUGCUGCAAGGUAGUUAAUGUGACUUUCUUUCAUUAAAAAUAAAGGCAUUCCAUGAAGCUA